AGAAAACACAAGUGAUCACUUGAUCAGUGAGCGUCAGUGAUUAUUGGUCCUUACUGUUAGAUCUCUAAAUUUAGACCAAUUAUAUUAGCGAAUUACUCAACUAUUGUGCAAUGGUUGUGUCUUCUGAGAACGUAGCCAAUUAUUAGGAACGGAUUGUGGUUAGAAACAAAGAUAUAUAAUUUGUUUUCGUAUUUGAAAAUUAUAAAUCGAGUCCCUGGAGAAGAGUGGAUUUCUGCCUAUAAAGUGGAUUUAAGCCUACAAAGCUAGGUAGCAAAUCACCUAGGUAACAAAUAAACAAGAGAGUUAUAACCACCGUCAAAAAAAUUCCAUUAAAAGCAUCGAAUAUCCUCCGCGUUCUCGAUAUGUCCGAAGAUAUCGCGAAAACUCUUCUAGUGCAAUAUUAUGGAAUUUCUAAUGGGACCAAAGCCGAAAAAUUUCCAUCGAUCCAAGAAUGUGCGGGCAGCGUAGAGAACGAAUCAGACAAAUUGAUCGGCGAGCAAUCAACCUUGGACACAAACGAUGAUGACAUGUCCAGGGAAACAGAGGAGCAGGAAAAUGACACUGAAAACAAAGAAGAGAAUUCUGAGAUUGGCACACCGACGAGAUCCUCGCGAGCAUUGAAUUGGGAAGCGCUUGAAGACAAUAAAGAAAUAUCAUCUGAAUUCGAUAUUAUCUUUGAAGCAAAUACAACGGGUAAUUUAUAUGAAAAUACUUCUGUUGGCAAUGAAACGCAUGAUCUUGCCACAUACAGCAAGACUACUUCUAUCACUUUGGGUCUGGAAGACAAUGAAGGGAAUGAUUCGUAUCUCUCGCUUAGCGAAGAUGUACUACCGGACAGCGCUUCGGACGUUUCUUCAAUAACGGGAAAGAAAAGAAUGAAGAAAUCUACGGUUACAUUUGUUCCGCCUUCAACGCCGCCGCUAAGCAGAACUCCGAUAUAUAAUGAGACUUUUGUAGAUUUAACGAGCACUGGCCUUAUGUCGCUUCCUAUUGAAACGAUAGAAAAAUAUCCUACAAUACAAAUGUUGUAUCUAGAGAACAACAAUCUCUCUGAGCUUCCCGAGAAGAUUUUCGUUAUUUUGCAACAUUUACGGUGGCUGGACAUUCGAAAUAAUCUACUGACAAGUUUACCUACGAGCAUUAAAUCGCAUCCUUCACUAGAGACCAUCUUGUUGCAAGGAAAUAAAAUUGAGAAGUUACCAUUAGAACUUGGUCUAGUGCCAAAACUUAAAACUCUUAAUAUAGCGCAUAAUCCUAUUACUACACCUCCAAAAGACAUUAUUGCUCUCGGAUGCUCGAGUAUUCUCAACUACCUCCGGUCUGAAUGGAAUAAAUUGCAUCCAAAUGAGUCCGUGACGUUUGUGGAACAGAAGAUCGAACCAAAGGCAUCAACGAUCUUGUGUUAUCGAUCUCCGCGUGAAAAGCAAUGGAAAUUAUCAAAAGUUCCGCGGCGAUUAUCAAAAAGUACAAAUGAUAUUGGCAGUUCGUUCAAAAACUCUGCGAUCAAGAAGAAAAGUAGAACUUAUAAGCCUAGUAACAGAUGUGAGGAUAAAGGUACUAAUAUUGUCAUGGAACAGCGGUUACAAUGGAUUUCCAAAGCAAGAGAUUUGUUGAACGCACAAUCAGCAACAAUUCAAAGAAUUAAGGAUACAGAUACUCUAAAAAAAUGGAGACGUGACAAACGAAGUUUCAAUAAAAGCAUGGAGAAGGUAUCGAGAAGAAAUGAAGAUGACAUUCCAUUUGCAAUUGACAUUGAAGAUUAUCCUACAAUACAAAAAUGUUUACAAAAAGCGGGAGACUGUGCAGACAAUCGAAAUCAGAAAAGAUCACUAAAUAUAAAUCAAAAGAUUCAAGAAUUAUCAAAAUUCUUGAAAAAACUUGAAAUUGCAAAAUCUUCUGAAAUAUUGACACCAAAAUCUAAACAAAAAUAUCUUCAAACUGAAAUUGAAAAGCUUUCUCAUUUUCAAAAAGAAGUGCACAAUUUAAGAAGAUAUAAUGAAAUUAUACCAGCUCCAAUAAAUUCUCUAAAUAAUUCAUCUUAAUAUUUUUAUAUUUUCUUUUUUAUAAAAAUGUUAAAAUUAGAAAAAACUCAAUGUCAAUCUUUGAGAUAUUUAUUUAAAUAAAACAAAUCUAUAUCAUAUACAUAUACAUAUAUAUGUAUAUAUUACAAUAUUAAUUUUACGCCCAGUCUCGAUAACACUUGUCAAGAUAAUCGGAAAGGAAAUGGGGGUCUCUUUUUUUCAAACAUAAUAAAAAAA